GAAAAAUAAGCUAUAAAUUAUUACUGCCUUCUAUAUAAAAAAUCUUUUUCACAUUUCGAUUCCGAUUUUCACAUUAGAAAGUAGACCAAUGCUAAACAUAUGUUUAAAAAAAUUAAGCCUUUUAAAAUAAAUCUAAAGAAUAUAAUAACAUAAGUUAAAAAGUUGUGACUUCAUAUUAAUUUAGAUCCGUUUUAAAAUAAUGUUCAAAAAAUAUCGGUAUUUACGCAUAUUGGGGACGGACCUUGUAGAAAUAUAUGUAAUCGACGCUGCGUUUUUUACAGAAAUAACGCGACCUUCGCCGAUUUUAUAAUACCGUGUUUUGCGAAAGUCAAUAUAAAGAGUACAUUCGUGUCGUCAUUCCAUUUUCUACUCCGUGAUAGCAACGAUCAAUGUUAACGAGGAUUCUUUUGUAAAAUCGAUGACGUCGAUAAAUUAUACGUCCUUGUGCAAAACAAAUCGCGAUUUCCCAGGGCCUAGAGUCUAUCGAAACUAUUUAUGUAUUAAAGCACCGGCUGAUUCAUAGACGAACAAGAAGAAUCCUAUUAAAACAAGAAUGAUGAAAUUAUUUUUAGAGAUGACUUUAUACAUUUUCCCUAAAAAUUAUCCCUAAUAAUAUGCAUAAUUUGAUUAUCUGAAAAACCUGUCAUUCAAACAUGAGUUUCCCAAUUAAGUUCGUUUAAUCGACGUUGAUAUCAGUGAUGAUCCCGCACGAAAGGCCACUGACAAUUCUCGUCAGAGAAUAUGCGCGCGCACCAAACUACCCCAUUGAAUUCCACACCCCCGAUGGAAACGUGUUUAUCGAUCGGGUGUAACUGCACGAACUGCGGCGACCGGUUGAAGUCGACAUUAAACGGAAAGACGAGAGGCACGUGCUAAGACGAGAUAAAUCAGCGUGUGCAAUUACCAAGUGCAACAAAAGUGAUCUCGAUUGAGUGCGCUCGUCUGUGUAAUUAAUACCAGAUAAAGUCGAUACCUUAUCAUCGUUCGUACACAUACGCAUGCAUACGUACGCGUGCAUAUAUUCGCGAGAGACCAUACGAGAAGCACCACAAAGAAGUGAGUAGAUGAACGUUUAAACAGAUGGGACCUGAAUUUAUUUCAACGGAGCCCGACUGAUGAUGGAGGAACAUGUCAAUACAUCGGUAAAUGGUUUACGGAGCACGCGUAGAAAACUUUUUGCAGAUGAAAAUGACAGCGACGGCGAGGAACAGAACUUUUACAAUCGUAUUAUAGAAGAGAGUCGACAAAGAUCAGAAGAGGACAUGAAAAAAUGGAACUUUGAUUUUAAGCAUGAGAUACCAUUAUCUGGUCGUUUCAAGUGGGUAAAACCAGACGAAUACGAAAAGGAAAUUUCUGAUCCCACAAAUUUAAUUGACGAAGAACAGAAAAGGAACGAGCACGAAAAACGGAUAGAAGAAACAGAGAAAAAUUCGAGAAGAAAUGACGAACCGAUAAAUGAAAAUCCCACGAAAAGAGCUAAGUUAGAAGAAUCAUAAAAUAAUAUUCGAUAUAAUAGAUAGUAGCAAAGACAAUCGCAGUGAUCGAAAUUGCUCCUCGUGCAAAAAAAUUAUAUAAAUAUUUAAUUUCAACAUUUGUAAUUUAUCUUCAAUUAGUUAAAAGUUACUUGCAAAUUUUUUUCUCUAAAAUUUAGAGUAAGAUUAGUAAGCUUUAGAUUUUUAUACAAAGAGCGAGAAAGCGGCGAAUGUAAUGUGUCCUAAAACAAAUGUGAUAAAACUACAUUCUCAAACUGUCAAUUUAUUAACUGAAAUGAAUUAUUUUUAAUUUAUAAAUUCUAGUCAGAAGAGGCAUGAUACCAACAUAUCUCGAAGAAACCAAAGCAAAAUUCUUUAUUUUAAUUAACGAAUUUUAUUAAUAUCUGAAAAACGAUUAAAUUACGCAUGAUUCGUCUAAUUAAGAUUCGACUAAUUCUACUCAACUAUAUUAAUUUAAAGUACCCUAUGUGAUUUUAUUCAAUUUAAUAUUUAUAGAAACGAACGUGCAAUAUACUGAUUAUACUCAAUUGAUAUUUAUAAUAAUGGAGUAAAUAAUCCGCAUCGUUCAUAUAUAGUAUAUAGACAACCGUUCGUAUAUAGACAAAUGUAAAGAUAGCUAAUA